UCUUCUGGCAGACCUAAAGAUCUUAAAAAACAUCUUGCAUAUGAGUGUCAAAAUAUUGAUUCUGAAACCAGGAUUGAAAUUUUAACUUUAUUAACACAUGGUUUAGACUCUGAUGAUGAAAUGUCAAUCGCUAAAUCUAAAAAAAAACGAAGGUUACCAAGCAAUAUAGAUAAACCUUGUGAAAACAUCUCUACUUCCUUAGACAAAGCAGAUCAGAUUAAUAAAGCAUUAGUAAAAUUA